AAAAAAAUGAAAGGUGAAGGUGCAAAUUUUCUAGCAUCUUCAUUCGCAAACUUAUACAUUCAAAAACAUCAUCAAUUCAAUCAUUGUUUUUACAAUAUAAUUUUGGGAAAUGUUGAAGUUUUAUCAGAUAUGUAUUAUACUGUUGAUUUUUGAAUCCUUUUUGGAGGCGCAAAAAAUCGAAGAGCCUCCUUCUUACGAACCGAAGGAUAUUCCAUCGGAUUACGAAAAAGCUAGAUCAGUUUUAGGGUACAGUCAUUUCAAAAGAUUACCUAAAAAUGGUCAGAAUUCAAGUGUCAAAUAUCCUUGGGAAAGUGAUUUUCCUAACGUAAAAUAUAAUUUUUAGAAGUUGAUAUAUAUUUUAAGGAUUAAUUAAAAUAGUUUUGAGUUUAUGUUUUUUAUUUUAUCAUUCACGAGAAAAUGUCUUUAACAGGAUGAAUAAUCUAUUCCGAAAUCAGUUCAUAUAAAUAAAAAACAAUUUUGAAUAUAAUUAACAUAAUUAUCUCAAGUUUAUUUAGAUAGCAACAAAAAAUUAAAAUUCAAACAGUUUAAAAUAAUAUUUAAAACUAGUCUUGUCUACCGGAUGUAGGUGUAAAUUCUCAUAUUUCUAUAAAUGUUGCCACAAUUAUAAUUCGACCUACUUACACUUACUGAUCAAGUAACCAAAUCUGUAUAGUUUAAUACAUAUGUGUUUAUCUUAUGUAUUAUUAUAAUCAAGAAAUAUUAUGAAUCUGGCAACUCCGCUUAACCUUCAUACAAACAUCAACUGUCAACAAGAAUAUCGUGAAUAUGAAAGUGAAUCUAUAAAUAUAUAUCUAAAAUGUCUUUAAUUAUUGAGUGUACUAGAUUUUGUCCCCCGAGGGUACCAAGAGUCCAAAAAAAAGAGCCUCCUACUAAGAGACAGCUUGGUCGAUAUCCAAGAAUACCCUUCACCAACGAACAGAUCGCCAUUUUAGAAGAAAAAUUUCAAGAGAGUCCUUAUUUGAGCAGCGAAGAAGCUUCUAAUCUCUCGAAGAAACUACAACUGACGGACGUCAAGGUUAAAAUUUGGUUCCAGAAUAGAAGAGCGCGAAAAAGAAGAGAAGAAAUGGGACAAAGUAGGAAAGAAGAAGUGACUAGGCGCGAAAGUAGGGAAAUAGUGGAAAGUACGACCGGUACUAGUCAUUUUGAACGAAGAAGCGCCGCGGCGACUCCAUUUUUUUACGUUAGUCCUUCAAAUGUGCUUGAAUUGGGACAUCGGUGAUAUAAUAUAAAUGUAUAUAUGUAAAAUUGUAUAUAAUUCUUGUAAUAAAUUCCGUUUUUCAAUAA